CACCAUUAACAAAUUUUCUCAUUUAAAUUUACUAAUUUAAUAAUUGCUGCCAAAAUAGAAUAAAUUCUCGCAGUUUUGAGCUACUAGAAAAUAAGUUUAGGUGUGUUAUAGGGGAGAUGCAGCCGUAAUGUCGCAUAUAUGGGAAUUAGUGGUGACCAAUGAAGCAACAAUGGUUCGGGCUGACGCCGCAGUCUUGACUCACAUGUGGGAACACGUCAUCUGUGACGAUCUUGAAAAUCGAUAUGAUUCAAAUGGUGACACAGUUGGUGAAUGUGAAAUAACACCCCCAACUCCAAUUCGUUUACAAUGGGACAUCAAAGACGAAGCUGAAAAUAUAAUUAAUAUAGCUGCUGAUAACGCUUUAAAAUUAAUCAACGACGUCGAUUUAAGGAUAUUCGUCCAUGAUCAUUAUGGAAAAGGUUUUAUGAAGAAAUGUAGAGUAAGUCCAGAUGCGUACAUUCAAAUGGCUUUACAGUUGGCGUAUUACCGCGAUGCGGGGAGAUUUAGUUUAACUUACGAGGCUAGUAUGACGCGGUUAUUCAGGGAAGGGCGCACUGAAACCGUUCGACCUUGCACCAUUGAAUCAUCAGCCUGGGUUAAAGCUAUGGAGGACAAGAAUUGUUCGAAUGAUGAACGAGUGAGGUUGUUAUGGGCUGCUUGCAAUAAUCACCAGUCGGCGUAUCAAGAUGCUAUGUGUGGAAAAGGGAUCGACAGACAUCUAUUUUGUCUCUACGUUAUAUCGAAAUAUCUCGAACUAGAGUCUCCUUUCUUACAAAAAGUAUUAAGCGAACCGUGGAGGCUAUCAACAUCCCAAACACCACAUGGACAAACAUCCCGAAUGGAUUUACAAAAAUAUCCUGAUUGUAUUUCAGCUGGUGGAGGAUUUGGGCCUGUAGCUGAUGAUGGAUAUGGAGUUUCUUACAUUAUAGCUGGAGAAGAUAUGAUUUUCUUCCAUAUUUCUCAUAAAAGAAGCAGCACGCAAACGGAUUGUCACAGGUUUGCGAAAAAGAUCGAAACUGCUUUAUCUGAUAUGAAACAGCUCUUCCUUAACGUAAAAGCAGCGAAUGGAACCAAUUAAUUAAUUAAUUAUUUAGGUGAUAAGAAUUUGGUAUAUGGUUCUUUAAUUAAGUUUAAAUUUGGAAUGAAUAAAAAAUGUACAUAUCGGCCGAUCAUUAAUAAAUUUAAAUAAUAAACUCCGCACAAGGACUUUAAAAAAAAAAUAACGAAUAAAAGCAUUUAAUGAAUAUUUUAAUACAUCCUUUAUAGGGUUUAAUCAAGUGCAAAGUCAAUGCAAUGUUAUUCUGUAUUUUAUAUUAAUUAUUGUUAUUAAUUUAUAGUUUCUCAUUAUUUAGAACCCCCUUUUUUUAAUCGAGCGACUUUGUUAAUUUUUCUUCUAUAAUACUAUGCUGUUUGUUUGAAUAAUAAAGGAUUUGAUUCUAAUAAAAUUUGAUAGAAACUACAAAAAUAA